AUGUCCAACAAGCAAAUUAUCUACACUACGGCGCCCAGCCCGGCUAUCAACCCCUCACUCACCAAUGGCACCUUCCGCGUGAACACCACUCCCAUCCCCAAGGAUGUGCCAGCAGACAAACUGCUCGUGCGCGUGCACUACCUCUCUCUCGACCCAGCAAUGCGUCAAUGGCUAACCGCCAAGCGCUCCUACAUCGCGCCCGUCGAGAUCGGUGCCGUGAUGCGGGGACAGAGCAUCGCACAGGUCAUCUCCGUCGGCAGCGGUCUGACGUCCAAGUACAGCGCCGGCGACUGGGUCGUCGCCUACUCUGGCUGGCAGCAGUAUGCCCUGGUCGGCGCCAAGGAGGCGGACAAGGUGAUCGUUCCACCUGGCGGACGGCCCACGGACGCCAUGUCCGUGCUCGGCAUGACGGGUCUGACGGCCUACUUUGGUAUGGUGGAGAUCGGACAGCCGAAGAAGGGUGACACAGUGGUUGUGUCUGGUGCUGCUGGAGCAACGGGGAUGGUCGCAGGCCAGAUUGCGAAGAUCAAGGGUGCUAAGCGGGUUGUCGGACUUGCAGGGAGUAAGGAGAAGUGUGAUUUCUUGGUGAAGGAGCUGGGCUUUGAUGCGGCUGUCAACUAUAAGGAUGCCGAUUGGAGGAAGCAGCUUAAGGAGGCUACGCCGGAGUAUAUUGAUGUUUACUUUGAUAAUACCGGUGGUGAGAUUCUUGAUGCUUGUUUGGCCAGGGCGGCGAAGGACUCGCGCUUUGCUAUUUGCGGUGCUAUCAGUCAGUAUAACUCUGCUAAGCCGCAAGGUCCGGCUAGCUUUAUGAAUGUGAUUUCGCAACGCAUCACGCUGAAAGGCUUCAUUGUCUUCGAUUUCGCGAAGCAGUACCCGACUGCAUUGAAGGAGCUGGGCUCCUGGUUGGCCGAGGGUAAGCUCAAGCGCAAGGAGCACAUCGUGCCCGGUGGCUUGGAGGCUGCGCCUCAGGGUCUUAUAGAUCUCUAUGCUGGUGCCAACACCGGCAAGAUGAUGGUUGAGGUCGUCCCUGUCAGUGAGGCACUUCCUACCAAGUCCAAGCUGUGA